UUGUUCUGGUCGGAGACCGCCCUUGGACGCCUCCCCAGCGAGUAGUACGCAUCCCUCUCCUCCCAUCCUGUCCAAUUCCUCCUCCUGAACUCGAAUCCUCAUUUCUCAAACCACAUCCACGCUCGUUCAGGCACCACUUUUUGUCAACACAAGGCUUUCUUUAUUCUUGUCGAUCGUUACUCUCUCUUUGUCGUCAUUCUUCGCCUCUUCUACUUUUAGUUGGCGACUCUGUCGUUGGCUUUCUUGGUCCUCCGAUUGCUCCGAUUGACUCGAGUCGACAAACCCGGGCCACGCCAUCACGAAAGAACACACAGACACGGACACAGCCUUCCAACGCUCGGUCCUCUUUUCACCCAGCCUACGCCUGGCCUUCAGACAACAUCUCCCAAUCCACGACCUCAUUCUUCUUGCCUUCUCGAUUAAUUGAACAAAGAACGGGAACAAUAGGCAUCACCAUCCUCCACAAGAACCAUCCACGCUCUUGACCCUUCAUGCCCUCAUACGGAUCACUCCAUUCUCCCUCUUUGAAGAAACACAACAUGUUGGAAGCGCGAAGAGGAGGCAGAAUCGACUUCGGUCAUAUUGUUGGCGACCCUUUUGCUCUGGCUACAAUCUCCAUCAGCUUGCUCGCCUGGCUCAUCGCGUUCAUUUCCUCCAUAAUUGCCAAUAUCCAAGAUCCGUUCCCAAAGUAUGCUUGGUGGACUGUCGCCUACAUGCUAUGCUGCAUUCUGGGCGUGACAUUCGUCUUCGCUACAAACUCGAGCGGUACCUAUAGCAUGGCGGUCGUUGGAUAUCUCGCUGCUGGGCUUGUCAUGACAACUUCUGCGGUCAACUCCCUUGUCUACCAGCCGCAAGGCGCAAUGGAAGCCGCAGCGGCAGGCCAUAUUCUACUUUCAAUGGUUGCUAUCAUCUGGAUAUUCUACUUCGGUUCUACACCUCAAGCUGCCCACCGCGAAUUCAUUGACCAAUUUGCUUUGCACAAAGAAGCGAAUGGUUUCCGUGGUCCUACGCAGAACAUGACCAAUGCCUACGAUCGUCCACAGACAACAGCCUCCACACAGCCUCCCCAAAUGUACACCUCAGCCCAAUUGAAUGGCUUCGAGACAUCCUCUCCUGUUUCAGGAUACCCAGGUGGACCGGCAGGAGCACCGAGAGCUUCAGCGCAACCCAUGAAUACUAGCAGUACACCAGCACCACCACAAGAGAUUACCCAGCCUACCGAAUAUCCAUAUCGUGCCAAAGCCAUCUACAGCUACGAGGCCAACCCAGACGACGCAAAUGAGAUCAGCUUCAGCAAACACGAAAUCCUCGAUGUUUCAGAUGUCAGUGGGAGAUGGUGGCAGGCUAAAAAAGAGAAUGGCGAGACAGGUAUAGCACCCAGCAAUUACUUGAUCCUGUUAUGAGAUCAUGCACGUCAGCUUUGAGACGACUCUCGGGCGAGAGACGGCGGACACGACAGAUGCUGGGUCUCUUCCGGGGCCCCGUGUCUCCUAAUGACCUCUUUUUGACGACAUUGCACUUCUUUUCUUUCCACAGUAUCCUCCUUGUAUCAAUGGACACCUCAACUUCAGUCCGAGUUCAAGGUCACUUGAUAUCCGGCCAACGAUACCAGGCGAGACAGGAUCCAAGAUGGUCGAAACUGCUCACUUUGGAUCGCUUCGUCUUCCUUUUUUCUUUCUGAUUUGGGCUAUGACGGAAUAGGUGUAUUUGUUAAGGGACCUGUACAGGCGUCCAGGCGCAGCUAAAACGGCGACGGGCUAGGCAUGAGAUUGUUGGAGUCUGGCGAGAAUUGUCCGAGUGAUGGACGAGCGUCUUCUCUCAGGUCAGCAACCCAGCCUGCGCUUUCUCAUUUCCCUUCUUCUCACCAAGAGAUCACGACAACGUCAGUGAGAUUGCUAUGUCAUACUGUCAGUUGGGUGAAUUUUGGAUGCUGGUUUUCUUGCGGACGCAGCUUCCGGGGAGGUUCCUGUGGGGCAAUCUGGUUCGGAUACGCAGCCUGUAUCUAAUGGAGUUUCAGCUGGAUGACGGGACUUGAGAGCGCAUAUGCUAUGAUGGGAAUCACGGGACUUGAGAAUGCGGAAAUACAAAGAUGAAAUCAACAAUGAAUCGAACUUGAGUUCCCUUUCCACUGUUCGCCUUAUCAUCUGUCAAUGCUGAUCGUUCAAUGCUAAUGCAGCUUCGGCUCAAAUCAAGCAAGUUUCGGUCUCUUUUGGUAAGACAUAGACCAGACAACGCCAAACUUGAGUACUCCCACCUCAAGACCAAGUUGAGGUUUGCAUGAAGCUGGUUGUACACGACCAAGGAAGGCUCCCGGCAUAAGAUGGCCACUACUGCCGCUCUGACAUUUAUUAAGGCAUCUCGUUGGACAAGAACUGAAACUCUGAAGAUGUUCCGAGGCUAAUUGAAAUGAGGCAUGAAACCCGGUGCUAUUGAACGAGAUUUGUGAGA